CUGAUGGAUUCCAGCACCUACGCAGUGUCUGUGCCAGCCCCGAGGAGGGGGAAGUCUCCUGCUUGGAUCCUUGUUAUCCAGGGACUCUGGACGCCUUCGAAGGACAGAAGGGCCAUGGUGACCCACCCAAAGCAGGCCCUGAGGAGCAUCCCGUGGCUCCUCCUUCCCAGCCUCCAGGCCAGCCAGGAGGGCGAACGCAUGGCCUGCACUGUCCUGUUGGCGGAGGUGAGCUUGGAGGACCGGGGGGAGCGUUAAUAAGGCCCAGAAGCUGAUGGACCAGGAGGCCAAUAGCUGGUGAGCCAAUGAGAGAUGGUCCUGGUGGUGUAUUGCUUGUAAAUUAGUCCCUCUGCUGGGGGCUCUGUGGUGGGGUUUGGGAGCACCCCACUGGAACCAGAGGGAGCGCUCUGCCCUGCUCGUGUCACUUCUGUUAAGCUCAGCUGAAGCCAGCCUCUCGUGAACAGCAGUCAGUAUGGAUCUAAGUCACCCGCUGGCCCCUGAUCAUAAUCCCUUCCUCUUCCUCCGGCCAGGCUAGGACCCACUGGCCUCGCCCAGCCCUCUCUGACAGCUCCUUUCGGUCCCUUUAGUUCCUCGGCAGCCCCCUGCUGAUGGAGAAGGAGCCCGAGGCCAUGCGGAAGCAGGUUGUGAAGGCCAUGCUGCUGCGGACAGAGGACAGCAACAUCCACAUUCGAGGCAGAGCGCUGCACGGCCUCAGGAACGCAGUGACCGAGUUCCCGAACAAGAUAAGGAAGAAACAAGACCAGAUCCUGGGGAGCUUUGUCUGCGCCGUGUGCGAAUGCUGCGACCCCCGCGCUGUUGUGGAUGCCAUGGAAGGGCUCUGCUGGAUGCUGCGGGACCCCAAGGCAUCUCUGAAGGCGCACGUCGCCGUCCUGCUGGCCCUGCAGGCGAGAAUGUUCUUUGAGGAUGAGAACAGCGGCCUGAGGCGGGCCUCCAUGGAGCUCUUUGGCCAUCUCAGCAAAUUUGUUUGCAAGAAGUCGUCCCUCCUUAGGGCUGAGGUGGAGGAGAGAAUGGGGAUGCUGCUCAUCCAUCUACAGGAUGGGGAUCCCCAGGUGGCCCAGGCAUGCAGGGUGGCGGAGCCAGCUGGCUGCAUCCCCACUUCCUGAGUGAAGCCUGCAGGACCCUGGUGAGUG